CACACAAAAUAGAGUAGGUAAGAAAUUAGGAGUAGUAAAAUGUAGAACGCCCAACGGCAAAACAGAAAAGAGGAAAAGGAGAGAAAUUGUAUAACGGCAGAACUGAGACGGGCAGGCAAGCAGGCAGGCAGCGGUGUGUUGGAUUUUCUGGUCACUGCUACCAGUCCCAGAGUAACGCCCAUACUUCCUCUAACAUUCAUUCUAUACUAAUCAAAUCAAAUACUCAUACAAGAUUGUUACGGUGGCGAAGCACAGAAAUCUCAUCCAAGAUCAAUGAGGUUCGGCGAGAAUACGAAGUACAUCAACACCGACAUCAAGGAGAAGAGCUCCGCUUUCUUUCUCUUCCAUGGUUCUUGCUUAGAUGGCCGGCUUGCAAUUGAGUUGGCAACCUAAUCUUCCUCGCCUUAAACGCAAAAAUGGCGUCCCUUUAGGGUUGAAGAAUCUUGGCAAUUCUUGUUAUCUUAAUUCUGUUCUUCAAUGUCUUACUUAUACUCCUCCUCUCGCCAAUUUCUGCCUCAACAAUCUCCACUCUUCUUCCUGUGAUGCGACCUCUGCGCCUUAUAAAAAACGGGACUGCGCUUUCUGUAUAUUAGAGAAACGAAUUGUACGUUCACUGAGUAUUGAUUUAGCACUUGAUGCACCAGCAAAGAUUGUGAAUUGUCUCUGGAUAUUUGCUGAGCACUUCAAGUGUGGCAGGCAGGAGGAUGCACAUGAGUUUCUCCGUUAUGUUAUUGAUGCCUGUCACAAUACAUGUCUUCGUUUGAAGAAAUUACAUCCGCAGCAUGUUAAUAAAGUCACUAAUGGAAGCCAAGGAGAGAGUGUUAGUGGUAAUAGUAUUGUGAAGGAUAUUUUUGGGGGUUCUCUUCAAAGUCAAGUGAAAUGCCUUUCUUGUGGAACUGAGUCUAAUAAGAUCGAUGAGAUCAUGGAUAUUUCUCUUGAAAUAUCCAACUGCAGUUCGCUUAAAGAUGCCAUGAAAAAGUUUUUUGAGGCUGAAACUCUAGAUGGUAAUAAUAAAUACAAAUGCGAGAGAUGCAAGAAACUAGUGCGAGCUAAAAAACAAAUGUCGAUUUUUCAAGCACCAAAUGUUCUUGUAGUUCAACUGAAGAGAUUUGAGGGAGCAUUUGGCGGGAAGAUAGAUAAGGUGAUUGCAUUUGAAGACAUUUUGGUACUUUCGAGCUUCAUGUGCAAAGAAAGUCAGGAUCCUCACCCUAAGUAUAGCCUGUUUGCCACAAUUGUGCAUUCAGGUUAUUCACCGGAGUCUGGGCAUUAUUAUGCAUACAUUAAGGAUGCCCUGGGUCGUUGGUAUUGCUGCAACGAUUCGUAUGUAACAUUGUCAACACUGCAAAAAGUUCUUUCAGAGAAAGCUUAUAUUCUAUUUUUUGUUCGAACUAGCCAGCGGCCUGUUUCUGUGACAAAUGGAGUGAAGCCUCACGAAACUAAUGGAAAUAGCAUUUCUAAAUCUCCUAGAAUUUCUGCUCCUGUGAAAGAAAUGAAUAUGAAAUCAUCUAAUGCACUUUCUCUUGUUAAAGGCGUUACAGUUGCAAGUAAAAGUAAGGAUGCUUCUGGCAAUCUGCAAAAUAAGUUCUCUGGCAUCUCUAUUACUGUGGCAAAAAAAGUUUCUGGUUGUGAUAAUGGGAUCACUGAUAUUCAGAAAAUGGAACCUGUUGCAAUUAAUGGAAAGUUGGUCCACUCUGUUUCUAAGCAGAUGAAUGGAAACCAUACACAUUCAGAGGAAGAAAAGAAUGGAAUUUGUAGGAAUGGAGAACAGAAUGAGGUUUUAAGAAGCCGGGUUUUGGUAAAUGGUGAUGGUAAUCUUAAUAAUGGGACUCCUCAUACUGUUGAAGGAUGUACUGAUCAGCACACUGGUUUAAAACGCAGAGAGACUUCAGGGAAGAUACUUAAGAAUGGGAUCACCCAUAAUGGUCAUAGUAAUGACAAUAUUGAUGUUACUGAUUCCAAAAGAAAAUCGGAAAGCAGAGAGACUGCAGGGAAGAGGCUUGAUAAUGUUGUCACUCAUAAAAGUCUGACUGAUAUGAGUAUAAGUGUUUCCGGCUCCAAAAGAAAGUUGAAAGAUAGGGACUUAUGCAUUUUGCUUGCCAAGGAUGCUGAAUCCCGGGCAAGAGUUGAAGAAUUCAAAGAAGUUCUUAAGAAGGAGGCAUCGUUAAAUCUGAAAAAAUGUGGCUGGUAUGAUGAUGUAUAUAAAUACAUGAGAUCAAGGAAGAGGCACUGUAUGGACGCUUGUGACGCAACAGAUACCAGCGGGCAAAAGCAAAUGUUGAUUGCUGAUGCCAAAGCUUUUAUUUCUCAAAUUCCUGGAUCUCUGAAAGCGAGCCUAAUAGAACACAUUAGAUCAUUUAGCAGCCAAAACUAGUUCAUUGUUGUUACUUGCAAAUUCGCAGGGCAAAAGAAGGUAAUGCCACUUACCAUUUUAUAUAAUGCAAACUCGCAUGCGACCAGGAGUAGUAAACUUGUUUGUAAAAUCUGGGAUGCGUGUUAUAAGGAUCACCCAUUUGUACUGGGUGGCGCUUGAUGAAGAUAUGACUAUUUUCUUCGCAUUCCUCUGCUGAAAGGAAGUGAUACUUGUCGGAUGGAUAAUUUUUGAGGAUUGAGAUGUUAGAAUUUCUAAAGGUUUUGCUCGGUUCGGCUGUUGAAUGAACAGAGAUGCUCGGAAAUUGAUGUAUUAUGUUCUGUGUAUGAUAUUCUCUUUGGUUCUACCUUUAACUAUCCCAUUUUAUGGAUGUGCAACAAUUUUAUCCAUGAAAAUGUGGCCGGAGAUAUGGAUGUAUACACCAGCUCUGAGUUUUUGUAUGAUUUUGUUCAUCGCUAGGUUGCAUUCAUAUACUACAGUUCUGCAUAGUGGUUGUUUGCAUCCUUUACUAAUGUUUUAGCGCUUUUCGACUAUUACACAGUUUUGAGAUCAACAAUGCGAUCAUAUCACAAAUUAUUUUUCGGCUACUUUCUGUGCUACAAGAAUUUGUACCCCGAAAAAAGCUGUAGAAGAGGUGCGAUAUAGAUGGGAACUAAUUCAAGUCAUUGAUGCUAUUUUUACAUGACUUCAAUGAGUAUAUUUUUAUAUAAUUGAUGAAUUUUCUG